AAACACUCUGACUGCCCUCAGUGUCAGUGGCCCGGCUCCCCUCCCGAGUCUGCUCCAGCUCCAGCUGUCGCGCGACCUCGGUACCUGUUGGUGAGGGUGCCCCAGACCCAGCGCCCCUGACCAUCGGGGCCAGGGAAAGUCAUGGUGUCCCUACCCGGGGCCCCUGUGACCAAUCUGCUGCAGGUUUUGUUCCUGGGACUGAGUACCUUCGCCCCCGGAGCCUGCGUCCAGGUCGAGCUGCACGUGCCUGAGGGCCUCUCCAGUCUGGAAGCAGUGGAGGGAGAGGAUGUGGUGCUCCCGGCGUGGUACACAUUUAAAGGGGAGAGGGCAGCGGCCAAGGUCAAGCCAUGGGAGGUGCUCACCUUGAUGUGGUUCUUGGAACAGAAAGGGAAGGAUAAGAAACAGGUGUUGUCGCACAUCAGUGGGGCCACGUCGAGCGAAGCUGGAGUGUCCCUGGUCUACUCCAUGCCCUCGCGGAAUGUGUCCCUGCGGCUGCAGGGCCUCCAGGAGAAAGACUCCGGGUCCUACUUCUGCUCUGUGACUGUGCAGGACCGUCAGGGCAACAACAGGAGCCACAGCAGCAAGACUCUAGAGCUGGACGUUUUUGUUCCUCCAGCUCCCCCAUCCUGCCAUCUCCUGGGUGUGCCCCGUGUGGGCACCAACGUGACCCUGAGCUGCCAGACCCCAAGGAGUAAGCCCCUCGCCCUGUACCAGUGGGUGCGGCCACCCCCAUCUACCCAGGUGUUCUACCCACCCACUUUAGAUGCCGUCCGUGGGGCUUUAAGACUCAAAAACCUUACCACGUCUAUGUCUGGAGUCUAUACCUGCAGGGCCUCCAACAGUGUGGGCAGUGCCCAGUGCAAUGUGACCCUGGAAGUAAUCACAGGGCCUGGGGCUGCGGUGGUUGCUGGCGCUGUGGUGGGCGCCCUGGUCGGACUGGGGCUGCUGGCCGCACUGGUCCUCUUGUGCCAACGCCAGGGGAAGGCCCUGGAGGAGCCAGCCAAUGAUAUCAAGGAGGAUGCCGUCGCUCCUCGGACCCUGCCCUGGCCCAAGGGCUCAGACACCAUCUCCAAGAAUGGGACCCUUUCCUCAGUCACCUCAUCACCAGCCCUCAGACCACCCCAAGGCCCUCGCAGGCCAGUUGCGGUGACCCCCACACCAAGCCCCGGCAGGGUCCCUACCUCUGCUCUGAGCCGCAAGGGUGCUGUCCCUGUGAUGGUGCCUGCCCAGAACCAGGCCGGGUCUUUGGUGUGACGGCCCAGCCCGAGUGCUGGCAGAGCCCUCGAGUAUCUCCCUUCCUAGAGAAACCACGAUAGGGGUCGCCCUGGUGCAGAGGCCUGAGUCUCGGAGGGUGGCCACCUUCCAGAUGGCCAGUCCUCUGCCCCCACCUUUCUUUACUCUGGAAAAACUGGGUCAUGGUUAAGACUCAAACUUCCGGGAGGCAGGAGAAGAGGAAAUGCACCUGGGAUUAGGAAGAGCCUAAACUCCCUCCUGGGGCCUCCCUAACACUGCAGAGGAACGCUGCUGAGAUUGGCUCCCCGCCCCCAAGGCCCUGGAGGCGCUGCCAAUCAACGAGUGCCUCGCCCCCUGGAUCUGGACCUCACCCUCUAACACUACCCUCCCAAUCCAGCUCCCCAAAUUCAAGUGACCUGUCCUGCUGACUUGGUUAGGUUUGGUCGGGGCAGCGGGUAGGGAAGAUAUUUGUUAAACUAACUUGAAAUGCGUGUUUUGAAACGUGUGUUUUUGUUUGUAUUUUACAAAUUUCAAUAAAGAUACAUCGUGUUUGUAUGGAAA